AAAGUUCUGUAAAAAAGUCCACGCAGCCUAUGUACAUAUUUUAAGUUUACGUAUUUGACGAUAAAUUUAAUUCAGCUAAAAGGUCAGUGUGGCUGUAUAAUGUAAUUAUGUAAUUCUACGAAAGAGGAAAAUGCUGGAUUUUGAUUAUUAACUUUUUAUCUGGAUCCUAAUCACUGGUCCAAUUCAGAAUGCACUCAUUAACGAAAACAAACUAAUGGGCAUUGCCCAACAACACUGCGUUGUGUGGUGUGCAUAACUAUUGUAGUUUUGUUACAAUGAAGUUCGUUAUUUUGAUUUUGUUAGGCGCUGCUAAAUUUAAUGACGCGGCUCUGAAGUGGAGUAGCAGUUAUAGCUAUGAAGCUAUACUGUCUGUGCCAGAUUCAGAUAUUUUGGAGCCUUAUGAAGUUUGGUUCGAUGGCACUACAGGUAAUACAAGAAUCGAUUUCUACAAUGGUUUAGAUAAAAUGUAUCGAUUGAGGCUUUUUGGCACUGGACAAGACGAGGAGCAGAAGUUUAUUUAUUAUAAGAUGUAUCCGGAAUCAAUAUCAGCAACCACGAACAUUCAAGUGUGUCAAAGGAUACAGGCCAACCAAUUCCGGCUCUACUCUCCAAAUACAUACUUACCGACCACGCAGAAUUUUAGUUUUCAAGGCAUUGAGCAAAUAAAUGGUUUGGAAUCUGAGAAAUGGCAGACGUCAAGGGUCCGCUUAGAGGAUGGUGUCUCAGUGACAUUCACAUAUACUAUUUGGGUCGACUACGACAAGUUAAACAACACGGUACCGAGAAGAUACGAAUAUAGAGUGAGUGCUGGUAAAGUACUAAUAGACAAUUUUAGACACGAUUAUAUUUCGUAUAGUGCGAUUGAACCAGAUAAAAUAAUAUUUGAGCUGCCGGAUGUUAAUGUAUUGCCAUGUUCGGAAAUUAAAUUGAACAAUAAUUAUGAACCUUACGACCCUUUGUUAGAGUACAUUGAUCCAAUGUAUCGACACGCCAAAAUUAAAGACGAUUUCGAAAGAUUUAAACUAAAUCACAAUAAAACUUAUUUAGAACAAAAAGAAAAUUUUGUAAGACUAAAUAAUUUUCGACGAAAUUUGAGGUACAUAAAUUCGCAAAACCGAAUGCAUAGUUCUUUUACUUUGGCCAUUAAUCAUCUUGCUGAUGCUAAUGAUGAUGAAAUGGCAGUUUACUUCGGUACAAAAGAUCAUUUCGAUGAAUACGAAGAAUUGAACGAAGACGAUGACUCGAUUGAGGAAGAUCAAGCACAUGUGACAGGUUUUUUCAAGAAUUUCGAUUGGAGAGAUUAUGGCGCUGUUACUUCUGUUAAAGUGCAGACAGCGAUGUGUAGGUCAUGCUAUGCAUUCGCAACAGCUGCUGCGGUGGAAUCAUCCAAGUUCAUACAAAAUGGUUUCGAGCAGAUGCUGGAAGUUAGCGAGCAAGCCAUCAUCGAUUGCAGUUGGAGAGUUAACAGAGAAGGUAAUUACGGGUGCAGCGGUGGCAGUAUAAGGGCAUCCCUGGAAUGGAUAAAAAAUAGAGGGAUACCUUACAGAGACGAUUAUGGUAGAUAUUUAGCUUUGGAAGGGAGGUGCCAUGCGCCUAAUGUUACAAGACAUACUCAUAUAAGAGGAUAUCAUAAAGUCAUUAAAGAUGAAAGAACGAUAAAGAGGUAUUUAAGGAGACGUGGACCACUGGCAAUCGCUAUUUAUUCCAAUCCGAAAUCUUUUAUGUUCUAUUCAAGUGGUGUGUUCAAUGACGGGAAUUGUAAAAGAGAGAAGAGCAUAUCAGGGAAUCACGGCUUGUUAUUGAUCGGAUAUGGGGAAGAAGAAAAUGGUGAAGAGAAGUUCUGGACUUUAAAAAACUCUUACGGAACAAAAUGGGGAGAAAAGGGUUACAUCAGGAUUGCCAUCAAAAAUAAUACUUGCGGGGUCAUGGACAACGUCUAUAGUGUUAGGUUUUAAGGCGUACGAAAGCUGACAUAGAAUAAAAUGUGAUAUUCGUAGAAAAAAAUAAGAAAAGUAUUGAAUAUAAUUAUAAUAUUAGGUGCAUCGAAAAAGUCCGGAGUUAAAUUGAUAAUAGUGAAAACAAUUGAAAUAUACCUGCUCAUUCAAGGAGUCUU